AACUAGAUCUAUUUGUCAUUACAAUUUACAAGUGAAGUCAGUGAGUGAGGUUUAACUUUUUGAAAAUGUCGAGCAAGGUAGUAUCACAGCAGUUAAUCACUGAUCAAUUCAGCCAGCAAAGAUCAGGGCGAAGUCUUGAGAAAUCUAAAGGAAAAGGCAAGCAAAUAGUUGGAAGUCCUGCCGGGAGCCCGAGAAAAUCUGCAGAGGCACAAGUCGAAGUUGAGAGUGCAGAGGAUUUGAUUAGGAAGAAGCAUCUCCAAACACUAAGAGAAUUUGAUCUGAAUUGGAGAUAUGGGCCUUGCACCGGAAUCACUCGUUUAGAGAGGUGGGAGAGAGCAGAGAGCCAUGAUCAGAAUCCUUCACCUCAAAUCAAAGAUCUCAUCUUAGAACAUGAAGAUGAUGAGGAUUAUGUCCAAAACACCUGGUCUUCUUACCCUCUAUGAUUGGCAAGACUUGAAGCCUUGUUCACAUGUGUGACUGUGCCAAAGAUACUAUUGGCUCUUCUGUGACAUCUGUAUACUGUACCUACAAGAACUGAAAUUCCAACCGUCAUCUGAAUGCAAUGUUUACACGUAAGCCUCAUCUAAACCCUUCUGAUACUACGGUAGAGAUAUCUCAGGGCAUUAUCAUGGUAUUGGUAUUUUUUCUCUCUUUUCAGUAAAUUUAUUUGAACUCGUGGAAUCAUAUUCUGUCCAAAAUUUAAACCUGACGCUGGGUUAAAUAUUUUGUCCAAAAUCAGGUUUAGCAAAGGAACUUUAAUAGGCUGAGGGUUGAUUCUUUUAAAACAAAAAUUUAGAUCUAAAGCAAGUUUUAACUGAAUUCAUGUGGACCAUCAAUUUUGACAGGAUGGAUUUAUUAUAUUUGCUUGAGGACUAUUUCAAAGUCGUGUCGCACAAUAAUGUAUAUUAUCUACUUGAUAAUGGUAUUAUAGUUACAUGCUCAUGAAGUAUUGCAGUUUUAAGUUUUUAAUGUGAAUGAAGGCCAACUGUGGUCAAUGCUGCAUUGAAUUACAAGCCACUUGUAAUUCUAAGCUUUUCCUGAAAUACUGAGCAUUUUAAUUUUUAUCAUAUUACAGGAUAUUUGUUUAUGGUUUAGAAGAACAUUCUUAUUGAUCAAAGAAUAUCAUGUUACAGUAGAUACAGUAUCUUCCUGGAUAGUUACCAGAUUUUUAAUAUUUUUUAAAUUUCUUUUUUAGGUCUGAUAUAUUCCAAGUAUCUUUCACUUGCCCAGUUUGAAAAUAACAAAUUCUAAUAAUAAUAUAAGAAUAAUAUAAGAAUAAAAAGUGCAUGCAUCAUUGUUGUCAUAGUAUUCAAGUGCAUACAUUAGGUGUUGGUCAAAUUUGAUAACAUCU